AUGGCAACGCUGGACAGAGACUUAUCAGCCCUUGCAAUGCCAAUCAGCGAACUUUUCGGCAAACAAAUGCGGCACCAUGCUAACGUGGUGAAGCGGUCAACAAGAGAAAUGGGGGACGUUUUGACAAAGAAAGUCAUGACGGCAAAUGACCGAAGAAGACUUAAGCGACAGUACUACCCUACCUAUCCUGGUUACUACAAUCCAGUGUACUCCGGCUCCUACUACUAUCCUGCUUAUCCUGGUUUCUACAACCCGGUUGGAUCGGGAUCUUUAUGGGCUGCUGGUGGUGGACUCGUUGGAAAUACAUUGUCAUUCCUUCUUGGAAAAUGA